UGUAUAUUAUUAAAUGGCCAUUUUAUGAAUAAUACAAGCAUGUUAUUAUGCUUUAUCUGUUAUUUGUACAUUAAACUUGAUUAGAUAAAAGCAUCUAUGACUUACUGAUAACAUGUUAUCAACUUGAAGUGUGACUGAUCAAUAUUGAAGCAAGUUUUAUUUAAAUGUAUUUAAAAAAUGAGCAACAGAAAUGAGAGGACCAUAGAAAAUAGGCACGAAGCAGUUGAAGAAAACCAAGAUCAAAUUGGAAAUGUAGAGCCCCCACCUCCAUAUACACCUGUGGAUACAUUGUAUGGGCGAGUGAUAACUAAUCAACCUGUCAUACAUCAAACUAUUAUUGUGCAACAGUCUUUAAAAGAUGAACCAGUUCUUAUUGAUUGUCCUAGCUGCCAUAAAAGGUCUAUGACAAAUGUGGUUUUUGCAAAUUCUCAGAAGACACACAUGAUAGCUGGUUUCAUUUGUGGACUAACCAUGUGGUGUAUGUUAUGUUGCCUUGCUGCUUUACCUUACACAUUAAAGACAUUUAAAAAACCAGAACAUUACUGUUCACAUUGUAAUUACUAUUUGGGUCCUGCCUCUAAGUUUUAAACAUAAUUUUAAGUAUUGCCACCUUAAAUUAAUUUAUGUUUAAGUCCACAUUAUUAAUUAAGCUUAAUUAAUCACAAAUAAAAAUAAAUAAAAAAGG